AUGUACCGACGAGACGACCCACGAUUGCGCCGCACGCUCGACCAGCUGACGCACAACGUCGAGACCGCGACUGAGCACGCGCAAGAAAAUCUAUACUCAUUCUCCCAGAACUAUAUAAACCCUUGCCUUGGAUCCAUCGCGAGCUGCUUCCGGUCAUGUACCGAGUCUUGUUCCUGCAAUUCCGAAGAGCGCAGGCGCCGGCAUCGAACAAGAUCGCGCGGGAACGCAGAACUCAAUUUUGACUUUUACGACGACUGGGACGAUGAUGAGAAUGAUGCCCUGUUGGGCUGGGGCAAUAGCAGCGACGACCUGGACAGAUUGCUGUCAGGCAGCGGGUCCGCCGGCCAGCCUGGUCGGGAGAGGGCGAUGAGUUACGGCACACGAAGUCCGAAAGCAAGGCGGAAAAGUGCUGCUCAUAUUGACACAUCCGAUACGAAUGUCAUACAGGGUUCGAACUAUUUGGGCUUUCUGGAGAGGCUCCCUUGGGGACUGGGAAGGAAAGCUCUCCGCUACAAGCCCUCAGCGGCCGAUCUUCAGGAACAUCCUGGCUCUUCCAGGGUAUCGAGACCUGAACAAGAGCCUCUCAUUGAAGAGAGUGAAGAGGAAUUCGUAAGCUCGAGUCCGAGGAAGAAGAAUCACCGGCGCAACCGAAGCGACACGGGUACAUCUGGGAAUACAACAGACUCACUCAGUUCAAGGGGUGACCUUUUCCCGAGUGAAGAUGAAGACGAUGCCGUCCCAAUAGACGACGAGUUUGCAAACAUGUUGGAAAGACGAAAUACGGGUGAAGACAGCAGCGGCAGGUCGCGUCCACGACAAAACAAGUCAAACUCGCGGCUCUCGCUGAGAACUGUGUCGUCAAAGAGCGUCGUUAGCGACAGCAGACGGAAAGCAUCGAGCUCAAGUAGGAAAGAGCAGACACCAGAUCCGCCUACGAUUUCAGAGCUCAAGGCCGAAGAGGAUCGGCUGCAGCGUGAAGAAGAGGGCGAAGUUUCGCGCAAACGAGAGGCGGCUCAGCGUUUAGCAAUCAAGCGAGGGUUGAGCUCUGGCCCAAGCAGUAAACCAGGAACUAGAUCGUCGAGCCCAAAGCCGGAGAUGGCUGACAUCGGCUCAAAAUCACCGUCAAGCAACGGCACUGUUCCAUUUCCUACUUUUGACCCCCCGACGGGACCUCAGACACCCCGUUCAGAGCUCAACAUCAGGAUAGACUCUACCCCAGAGACGGAAGAAAGUUCUGAGAGACCGACGAUGGAGACUGCUGUUCAUUUGUACUCUCGAACAGAGCCUACUGGGGAGGAAGAGUUUACCCCAGCAGCUUUACCGAGAUUUUCACGGCCAAGCCCCCCCGGAUGA